GUUCCGUUUCUCUCCACUCGUGGCGGGAAGACGCGUUACUGCAGACAACAUGGAUGUUGAAAUGAAAGAGACAGACAGUGAACAAGUCGAUGGACAGCCUAAAAAGGAUGACACUGCACCCAAACCAUCAACGACUGCCUAUGAACUACCAUGGGUUGAAAAAUACAGACCUCUGAAGUUGAAUGAAAUUGUUGGAAAUGAGGAGACUGUCAGCAGACUGGAGGUGUUUGCGAGAGAAGGAAACGUUCCCAACAUCAUCAUUGCAGGUCCUCCUGGCACUGGAAAAACUACCAGCAUUUUAUGUUUGGCAAGAGCUCUUCUGGGUCCAGCCAUGAAAGAUGCUGUGCUUGAGCUGAAUGCCUCCAAUGACCGUGGAAUAGAUGUCGUGAGAAACAAGAUCAAAAUGUUUGCCCAGCAAAAAGUUACACUCCCUAAAGGUCGCCACAAGAUCAUCAUUCUUGAUGAGGCUGACAGCAUGACUGAUGGAGCCCAGCAGGCUUUGAGAAGAACCAUGGAGAUAUACUCAAAAACCACACGCUUUGCCCUGGCAUGUAAUGCAUCAGAUAAGAUCAUAGAGCCAAUUCAGUCCCGCUGCGCCGUCCUGCGUUACAGCAAGCUCAGAGACGAUCAGAUCAUGAUGCGUCUGACAGAGGUGGUGGAGAAGGAGAACCUGCAUGUCACCAACGACGGCCUGGAGGCUAUCAUCUUCACCGCUCAAGGGGACAUGAGACAGGCUCUGAACAACCUGCAGUCAACAAAUUCCGGAUUUGGCUACAUCAACAGCGAAAAUGUGUUCAAGGUGUGUGAUGAGCCACAUCCUCUGCUGGUUAAAGGCAUGCUAGAACACUGUGUCAACGCCAACAUUGAGGAAGCCUACAAGAUUAUUGAACAGCUUUGGUCCCUAGGAUACUCCCCAGAGGAUAUAAUCGGAAACAUCUUUAGAGUUUGUAAGACAUUGCAGAUGCCAGAAUAUUUGAAGCUAGAAUAUAUUAAGGAUGGAUUGGAUUACUUUUGCUUGCAUCUUAAAACUUCAAAAAAGACAAAAGCCUCAGCAUCCACUGUGAUUGUAAUCAUACGUGUGAUUCCUCAGGAGAUUGGCUACACCCAUAUGAAAGUGGCUGAAGGGGUGAACUCUCUAUUACAGAUGGCUGGUCUACUGGGCCGAUUGUGCAGCAAGACUGCAGCACCUGAUGUCAGCUAAAGUCAAGAGAAGAUUUACCAAAUAAUCACACAUCUUCUGUUUCAUUAUUGUUCUUAAACUACCAGUACUUGUAUUAAGACUUUUUAUGCUAUAAAAAAAUAAUUGUAAAAAUGAGAAUCUGCAGUAAUAAAAAUGUAAAACAUU